AUGUCCCUGCCCGUGGUGCUCCCGGGCUCCUGCUGCCCGGUGGCUGGGCUCUCGGGCGGGCCACAGGCCGGGGGCCCGGGCACCGCGGCCGCCGCCGCCCAGGAGCCGCCGCUGCCCCCGCUACGGCCGCGCUGGCCCCGGGCCGCGCUGCAGCCCCCGGCGCGGCCUCGCUGCGCGGCCACCGCCGCCGCCGCCGGGGUGCUGGCCCCGCCGCCCGCGCUCUCCUCCCGCCGGGCCGCCGCCGCGGCCCCGGGCUCGGCGCUGCUGCCCGCUCGCCCGCUGUUGUCGCUCGGUCUGCUGCAGCUGAUCCUGGGCUGCUGCAUGGUGGCACUCAGCUUCGGGGCGCUGUCGCUGAGCAGCUCCCCGCAGGUGAAGAACUCGUGCCCGUUCUGGGCCGGCUCCUCGGUGAUACUCUCUGGAAUCAUAGGAUUAACAACUUGGAAACGGCCUAUGAUACUCCUGGUGAACCUUUUUGUGCUGCUCUCUGUGGUAUGUGUCCUCCUGAAUUUAGCCGGAUUUAUCCUAGGCUGCCAAGGGGCCCAGUUUGUGUCCAGCGUGCCCAGGUGUGAUCUGGUGGACUUAGGUGAAGGCAAGAUUUGCUUCUGUUGUGAAGAAUUUCAACCAGCCAAAUGCACAGACAAAGAAAAUGCCUUGAAACUCUUCCCAGUUCAGCCUUGUAGUGCUGUUCACCUUCUACUCAAGAAAGUCCUUUUCGCCCUGUGUGCCUUGAAUGCCCUGACCACCACCGUCUGCUUGGUGGCAGCUGCCCUUCGCUACCUUCAGAUCUUUGCAGCCAGAAGAUCCUGCGUCGAUGAAUCCCAGAUUUCUGCGGAAGAAGUGGAGGAACACAGACGCAUCCCAGACCCUGACGACUUUGUGCCGCCAGUGCCUCCCCCUUCCUAUUUCGCCACGUUUUACUCGUGCACACCCCGGACGAACCGCAGGAUGGUUGGUCCUGAUGUUAUACCACUGCCACAUAUCUACGGAGCGCGAAUCAAAGGCGUGGAAGUGUUCUGUCCUCUGGACCCCCCGCCUCCCUAUGAAGCUGUGGUGAGCCAGACGGACCAGCAGCAGGGAUCUUCAUUCCAAAUGCCAGAAGGAUCAGAAGCUGCCACCAGCCCCUUGGAACCCAUCUGCAUGCCAGUGAUUCAAGGUGGGGACAUUCCUAACACACCUGGAGAAGAAAGCGCAUCCAUAUCGACUCCCAGCUCCAGCCAGCUAUGUCCGGCGAGGAACCGGAGAGCUCUCCAGCCCCCGAGGACAAGAUCCAAGAGUGACCCUGUGCUUCAUCAUUCUGCAGAGAGAGCCGUCCCCGUGCUCAGCUGUGAAGCCGCGACUCAGACUGAGGGAAGACCAGACCUGGCUGCGGUGACCUUGAGAAGAGGGUUGAGAUCCCGAGCUUCGAGAUGCAGACCGAGGUCUUUAAUAGAUUACAAAUCUUACAUGGACACCAAGCUGCUGGUGGCGAGGUUCCUGGAGCAGUCCUCCUGCAGCAUGACCCCGGACAUCCAUGAACUUGUAGAAAACAUUAAAUCUGUUUUGAAGUCCGAUGAGGAGUACAUGGAGGAAGCCAUCACAAGUGCCAGUUUUCUAGAACAGAUCAUGGGCCCGAUGCAGCCCAGCACUUCCAGGGCCCUCGUGCUGCCCUCGAGGAGACAGCCUGGCCUGCUGCACCUGCGGAGUUGCGGAGACCUGAGCACCUUUGUCCCCGCGGGGAGGCCGAAAGCCGAGAGGAGGCCCCGGCGAGCGGAGGCUGAGAGGCCACACAGCCUCAUUGGCGUCAUCCGAGAGACUGUCCUGUGAA